GCAUCCCUGACAUUCAGCGACGUGGCUGUGAAGUUCUCCUGGGAGGAGUGGCAGCUCCUGGACCCUGCUCAGAAGGACCUAUACCGGGUCGUGAUGAUGGAGAACUACCGUAACGUGGUGUCACUGGGGUAUCAAGUUAACGAACCAGAUGCACUCUCUCGGUUGGAACGAGGAGAUCAACCAUGGCCUAUAUCAGAUGAAAACCAUAGUGGAAUCUUUUCAGAACUCUGGAAAUUUGAUGAUUAUGUACCUGGGAACCAAGAAAAGGAAAGGAUGGAUGGACUGGAGCAAUGUAAUGAGCAUAAUGCAUUGGAAAAUACUGUUCAUCAGCACAAAAGACAUUUUCCUUUAAAGCAAAAUUGUGAUACAUUUGACUUGACUGAAAAAGCUGUGAAACUGGGUUUGACUUUAAUCAAUGAGAACAGAGACUGUGAAAUAAAGAACUCUGCUACACUUGACAGAGGUAAAAAAACUUUUCUCCAGGCUAACCCUGAGCAAUUUAAUACUGAAUCUAAAUUCCCUGGGAGUCGGAUAUCCAACACUACUAAGUCCCAACUCAUUAAGCACCAGAAAACUCACAAAAUAGAGAAACCACACAUAUGCAGUGAAUGUGGGAAAGCCUUUAUCAAGGAGUCUUGGCUCAUUCAUCAUCAGAGAAUUCAUACCGGAGAGAAACCUCACAGAUGCAGUCUAUGUGGAAAAGCCUUCUCUAAAAAGUACAAGCUCACUGAACAUCAUCAGAGAACUCAUAAAGGACAGAAACCUUAUGAAUGCACAGAAUGUGGCAAAGCCUUUCUGUAUAAUUCACAGCUUAAUAUUCAUCAGCGCACUCACACUGGAGAGAAGCCCUAUGUAUGCAGUGAUUGUGGGAAAGGCUUCAUCCAGAAAGGAAAUCUCAUUAUUCACCAGCGAACUCAUACUGGAGAGAAACCCUAUGUAUGCAGUGAAUGUAGUAAAGGCUUCAGCCAGAAGUCAUGCCUCAUAGCACAUCAGAGAUUUCACACAGGGAAGAGCCCCUUUGUAUGCACUGAAUGUGGAAAAUCUCUUACCCAGAAGGCAAGUCUCAUUAGACACCAGAAACGUCACAAAAGAGAGAAGCUCUUUCAAUGCAAUGAAUGUUCAAAAGCUUUCCCCACAAAGCACAAGCUUGGUAUACAUCAGAGAACUCAUACAGGAGAGAGACGGCAUGGCUGCAACGAGUGUGGGAAAACUUUCCCCUACAUGUCCUGCCUUCUUAGACAUAAAAGAAAACACAUGAGAAAGAAACACAUAGUAGCAGGCAAGGUGGCAAACCCUUCAUCAUCGAGUCAUGCCUCGUCACAUACCAGUGAUCUCAUGCAGAGCAAAAACCCUGUUAGUGCAGUGACUGUGCAGAUGCCUUCUGUGGCAGCUCAGACAUCGGUAAACGCCAGUGGGCUCCUAACAAAUCAGAGUGUAGUCCUGGUGGGGCAGCCUGUUCCCAGAUAUGAGCCCUUAGGAGAUAACAGUGAAUUUGUGCAGCAGAGAAUCUGUACGAAUGCAGUGAAUUUGGUAGUGCCUGUGAAUGCAGUGAAUGUAUUGGUACCUUCCAUGUCCAAUUACAUCUUAUUUUAUGUCCCACAAAACCCAUAG